GGUGAGGAACGACGAGCCCCAGCAGCGGCUGGCAUAGCGAACCUUCUGUGAUCCCGGAGCACGCACCCGAGCGGUGGGCUUCCGACUCUCAUUCAGGACCGAGCUUUUCCUCGCGUGUCGCGUCCCCUCACCGCAGCCAGAACCUCAGCGCGGAUCCCAGAGAGCCAAGGCACCGACAUGGCCAAAGCCACGGCGAUCGGCAUCGACCUGGGCACCACCUACUCCUGCGUGGGGGUGUUCCAGCACGGCAAGGUGGAGAUCAUCGCCAACGACCAGGGCAACCGCACCACCCCCAGCUACGUGGCCUUCACCGACACCGAGCGGCUCAUCGGCGAUGCGGCCAAGAACCAGGUGGCGCUGAACCCGCAGAACACGGUGUUCGACGCGAAGCGGCUGAUCGGCCGCAAGUUCGGCGACCCGGUGGUGCAGUCGGACAUGAAGCACUGGCCCUUCCAGGUGAUCAACGACGGAGACAAGCCCAAGGUGCAGGUGAGCUACAAGGGGGAGACCAAAGCGUUCUACCCGGAGGAGAUCUCGUCCAUGGUGCUGACCAAGAUGAAGGAGAUCGCCGAAGCGUACCUGGGCUACCCGGUGACCAACGCGGUGAUCACCGUGCCGGCCUACUUCAACGACUCGCAGCGCCAGGCCACCAAGGACGCGGGCGUGAUCGCCGGGCUCAACGUGCUGAGGAUCAUCAACGAGCCCACGGCGGCCGCCAUCGCCUACGGCCUGGACCGGACCGGCAAGGGGGAGCGCAACGUGCUCAUCUUUGACCUGGGCGGGGGCACCUUCGACGUGUCGAUCCUGACGAUCGACGACGGCAUCUUCGAGGUGAAGGCCACGGCGGGCGACACGCACCUGGGCGGGGAGGACUUCGACAACCGGCUGGUGAACCACUUCGUGGAGGAGUUCAAGAGGAAACACAAGAAGGACAUCAGCCAGAACAAGCGAGCGGUGAGGCGGCUGCGCACCGCCUGCGAGAGAGCCAAGAGGACCCUGUCGUCCAGCACGCAGGCCAGCCUGGAGAUCGACUCCCUGUUUGAGGGCAUCGACUUCUACACGUCCAUCACCAGGGCGAGGUUCGAGGAGCUCUGCUCCGACCUGUUCCGCGGCACCCUGGAGCCGGUGGAGAAGGCCCUGCGUGACGCCAAACUGGACAAGGCGCAGAUCCACGACCUGGUGCUGGUGGGCGGCUCCACCCGCAUCCCCAAGGUGCAGAAGCUGCUGCAGGACUUCUUCAAUGGGCGCGACCUCAACAAGAGCAUCAACCCCGACGAGGCGGUGGCCUACGGGGCGGCGGUGCAGGCCGCCAUCCUGAUGGGAGACAAGUCAGAGAACGUGCAGGACCUGCUGCUGCUGGACGUGGCGCCCCUGUCGCUGGGGCUGGAGACGGCCGGGGGCGUGAUGACCGCCCUGAUCAAGCGCAACUCCACCAUCCCCACCAAGCAGACGCAGAUCUUCACCACGUACUCGGACAACCAGCCCGGGGUGCUGAUCCAGGUGUACGAGGGCGAGCGGGCCAUGACGCGUGACAACAACCUGCUGGGGCGCUUCGAGCUGAGCGGCAUCCCCCCUGCCCCCAGGGGCGUGCCCCAGAUCGAGGUGACCUUUGACAUCGACGCCAACGGCAUCCUGAACGUCACGGCCACCGACAAGAGCACCGGCAAGGCCAACAAGAUCACCAUCACCAACGACAAGGGCCGCCUGAGCAAGGAGGAGAUCGAGCGCAUGGUGCAGGAGGCGGAGAAGUACAAAGCCGAAGACGAGGUGCAGCGCGAGAGGGUGUCUGCCAAGAACGCCCUGGAGUCCUACGCCUUCAACAUGAAGAGCGCCGUGGAGGAUGAGGGACUCAAGGGCAAGAUCAGCGAGGCGGACAAGAAGAAGGUGCUGGACAAGUGCCAGGAGGUCCUUUCCUGGCUGGACGCCAACACCCUGGCGGAGAAGGACGAGUUUGAGCACAAGAGGAAGGAGCUGGAGCAGGUGUGUAACCCUAUCAUCAGUGGACUGUACCAGGGUGCGGGUGGCCCCGGGGCCGGGGGCUUUGGAGCUCAGGCUCCCAGAGGGGGCUCUGGGUCGGGCCCCACCAUCGAGGAGGUGGAUUAGCGCGGCCUUUCCUUCCUCCCUCCAUCUUUUUCCUCGGGACGCACUGUUGGGACUCCAGGGCCUUGCUGUUAGCCCUGUUACCUAACUUCGGUUUUCUACUGCUGAGUUCAUUGUAUCUUGAUGGUAACUAGCUGAAUGUUUUCGUUAUAUUUUUGUGGCAUAACUCGUGUGUUCUUUAGGUUUAAUGUAAGUUAGUACUGUAAGAAUGUUCUUUUUCCUUGUUCUUUAACAUAAGUAAGCACUGCCAUCCUGUGCCUGAUUUUUUUGGGUUUGCAAGAAGAGAAAGGUUUUUGUUCUUAACGAUGAAAAAUUUAAAAAUCGCCAAUAGACUGUGCCAAGUUUUGAGUGCCCCUGAGAUUGUCCUUGGGCCUCUGUCCCUCAAGGAAUUUCUUUCUCUGGCUCCUCCAUUCAGGAGGAGUUUUAGAGACCCUUCUCUGUAUAGGCCAUGUUUGUAUUGAUUGGAUCAAGAUUUUGUCAUCUUGGGUUUGCAAACUUCAAAUAAAUAUAUUUUGUUGAGCUUGCUGUUUCUCCAUGCCUUAAAUGUGGAGAUGAAUUUAUCCUGUCACUCUUUGUCCAUUUUCUUUUUUUAUGUACUCAUCUUGAACUCAAGCCAAUUUUUAUUGGUCACGUAAAAAUAAAUAAUUUUUUUGA